GCUGCUCGGCGAGGGGAGGCGGCCCUUGAGCAGCGGCGGGAGAAGCAGGCCUGGCGCCGAGGACGACGCGGCCAUGGCCUUGGGCUGGUGGCACCGCUGCUGCUGUCGCUGCGCCGGCUCUUCCCGUGCGGCGUGGCUCGCCGGUUCCGGGCGGGCCUUGGGCUCCUCGGCUAACGGCGGCGGAAGGCAGCGGCGGGCUGUGGGGCCGGCGGCGCCCGCGUGGAAGGCGGAGGCGGCGAGACCUGAUUUUCUUGGGAGAAGUUCAGCUCUAUCCAUUUUAAAAAUUCGUAGUAUAUUUUGCAGGUUUCACCACACAACGCUGCAAUUGCACAGCUGUGGUACAGCAGUUAGUGAUGAAAAAUAUAAGGAUCCUUUUAAACUGGGAAGGAAAGACUUGAAUAAUCUCUAUGAAGAUAUUAAAAAGGAAUUAUGGGUAUCUACUACAGAACUGAAAGAAAUGUGUGAAUAUUACUUUGAUGGCAAAGGGAAGGCUUUUCGACCAAUGAUUGUGGUGCUAAUGGCUAGAGCGUGCAAUAUUCAUCAUAAUAACUCCGGGGAAGUACAGGCAAGCCAGCGUUCUAUAGCAGUAAUUGCAGAAAUGAUCCAUACAGCUACUCUCCUUCACGAUGAUGUUAUUGAUGAUGCAAAUUCACGGAGAGGAAAACAAACAGUCAAUCAAAUUUGGGGGGAAAGGAAGGCAGUCCUAGCUGGGGAUUUCAUCCUUUCUGCGGCCUCUUUAGCAUUAGCACGUAUUGGAAGCGCAACCAUUGUUUCUGUGAUAACGCGUGUGAUUGAGGAUCUGGUGCACGGCGAAUUUCUUCAGUUGGGUUCCAAAGAAAACGAAAAUGAGAGAUUUGCUCACUACCUCGAAAAGACCUUUAAGAAGACUGCGAGUCUUAUAGCAAACAGCUGUAAAGCAGUUUCCAUUCUAGGCUGCCCUGAUCCAGAGGUGCAUGAGAUUGCAUUCCAAUAUGGAAGAAACAUCGGGAUAGCAUUUCAGUUGAUAGAUGACGUUCUGGAUUUUACAUCCUGUUCUGAUCAGCUGGGAAAGCCAACGUCGGCAGACCUUAAGCUUGGUAUAGCCACUGGUCCUGUCUUAUUUGCUUGUCAGCAGUUUCCAGAAAUUAAUGCCAUGAUAAUGAGACGGUUCAGUUUGCCAGGAGACACUGAACGUGCCCGGGAGUAUGUAUUACAGAGUCAUGGUGUGCAGCAAACGACCUACCUCGCCCAGCGCUACUGCCAUAAAGCAAUGAGAGAGAUCAGCAAGCUCAGACCAUCCCCUGAAAGAGAUGCCCUCAUUCAACUAGCAGAAAUAGUCAUCGCCCGAGACAAAUGACACAGCUGCCAGAAUGAGUUGUAAUGAAGGAGAUAUUUACCAGACUGUGCCUAAAGCUACGUGGUGGAAUAUCUUGGCUUGCUUCCAGUGCAGUUACCAAAAUUUAAGUUCUCCUCACUGAAAUAAAUAUAACUAGGUUUAUGAAGUAAAAAUGUUUUAUUGAAGGAAGCCAUACAAAAAUGAUGAAACAAGAUCAAUCUGUUAAACUGGUAGCAAUGCCUUGUGCCUGUAUUUUUAAUUGGGGGGGGGGUCUUGUUUUUGUCAUGGGCACUGUUUACAUCAUUCAAUAUUGACACCCAAGGCCACAAUGAAUAAAUACAAUCAAUGUGUUGAAAAUCACUUUUGCAAACUCCUUGGUGUGUGCUGGGAGUAUAAGAAAGAUACUAAGAAUGAUCUAAUUGCCUAUUAGUUUCAGAGUACCAAGAAUAUUAAAGGAGUAUGGUUUAUUAUAAAAAGACCACAUUUUUUGGUAAAUAAACAGGUUAUAUACAAUUUUAAGAUUUCCAAUUUAUAAAGGGAAUACAGAUAGUUUUUACGGAUUGCUAACUGAUCUCAGAAAUAACAGAUUAACAAUUAGGAAAAGGCAAGAAAGCAUUUAAUAUAGUUAGGUUUGUUUAAGGUAAGGCGGCAAGGGAUGCUUCAGUAUUUAAUGCCACACUAGAAAACAACUGUAACCACUCGAACAGCCAGUACACCUGCUCUUUCAUCAUUUAAUUUUAAUACCCAUUAAGACGGUUCAGUCCAAAUAAAUCUUUACUACAUACAGUAAAAAAAAAAUCCCUUACUAAAUCAUAAUCUGCCUUAGAUUAUCUAAGUAAUACAA